AUGAGGAUCAGGAAAAGACAGGUUCCCUUACCUCUAUCUUCGCUUUCUCCUGUACCUCUCUCAGAUCCCCAGUUCAGCCGGGAUCCUGUGGUGCAACUUCAACUACACAACAACCCACUUCAAAAUCUACCUCAAGAGCCUCAGAGAUUUGCUUGCUUUGAUUCCCAGCCAUCUGAUCAACCAAAUCAACCGAUCGGAGGUGGAAGUAAUGGCCAAGAUUGCUCUGAUGGUGCUGGAGCACCACAAGAAAAUAAGAUUAUGUUGGAGAAAGAUGAGAGAGGGAGAGAAGGAGAGAGGAGUCAUGAUACCAGGAAGGGAAGUUUCAUGGGUGCAGAAAUAGAAACUGUAAAUCUUACACCAUCAAGUUCCUCCCGUCAAGGAGUUCGGAGAUGGGGUGAGGGAGAGAAAGCAUUUCCGUUAAAGAAGAGAAGAGGAAGCUUCGAGAGAAGAUCAGAUGAUGAUGAAGUAAUAAUGGAGAAAGAUAAGAAAAUGAAGACAAAGAUGAACAAGAAAUGUGUGCAGCAAAAAGCUAAUAACAAAGAAGAAGUAGAAAGUAAGGAAAUCAUCAAAGAGGGUGUUGAUGUUACUACCAAUAAUGCUGCCGAUAGUGUCAAAAAGAAAGCUAGAGGUGGUGCACUCAUGGAAGGAUCAAGGUGCAGUCGUGUAAAUGGGAGAGGAUGGAGGUGUUGCCAACAAACCCUCGUGGGAUACUCGCUUUGUGAGCAUCACUUGGGCAAAGGAAGGCUGAGAAGCAUGACUAGCGUUCGAAGCCGAUCCAUGGCUCGCACUGCACCAAAGAAGGCCGCCGAGCCCAAGCCGUUAUCAAGCUCCUCGUUGUCAUUAGAGGAAAAGGAAAGAAAGCUCCUAUCACCCGAUGAUACGAAACUUGAUGGUCAUGAUCCAGACGAAGAUGAAGAUGACAAGCAGAAGCCUUUAAUGAUUGCAAAGAAGAAGGUGAAGCUUGGUAUCGUCAAAGCUCGAUCAAUUAGCAGUUUGUUGGGCCAACCAAAAAAUGGGAUUGCAGUAUCAGAAGACAGCAAGUAG